AUUAAUGAAUUAAUGCUUUUGAGGAACAAUGUAACGACUUUGACGUUCAUUUUGGCUAUAAGUCCAUUUCACUGCUAUGCUCGCCAGUGGGUACUAUCUACAAUCAGCCCAAAGCAAAAGUGACUGUAUCAUAAAUUACACCAAUAAAAGCCCUAACAGAUAAUCGGGUCCAAAAUACAAACUGUGUAGGUACAAUAAUAAAAUAUCAUUCAUAAAACCCCGCAUUAUCUCAAAUAGAAACCUAUAAAUAUCGAUACUUUUAAUGGAAACUAGUUGCGUUCUCUCAACUCGGUGACAUGAAGUACCUGGUGGUCUUACUUUCCGCAAUAACAGCCAUAUAUGCCAUGGACUUGGCACGGCUGGCGCCGGAGGGUGCCUCUGUUUAUGGGUAUCUGACCAAUAUUGGCAUACCAGAGGCAGAAAGACUACAGAAAGCUGAAGAAGAAUAUUUGGCUGCCGAAAGUGGAGCAAGAAUCAUCAAUGGUCAGCCUUCUCAGCUUGGGUUUUUACCGUAUCAGGCGGGUCUCGUGGUGUCAAUUGUUGGUGUAGUGGGCGUGUCUCUGUGCGGAGGGGCGCUCGUCAGCAACAAUCGCGUGUUGACCGCCGCGCACUGCUGGUUCGACGGCACCAACCAGGCAUCCAUGUUUACCGUAGUGCUGGGCUCUGUCACCGUUUUCAGUGGAGGCACCAAAAUCGAAACCUCGUCCGUGGUAUCUCACCCCGAAUUCAGCGUGAACCCCGCUCGCAACGAUAUUGCCGUCAUCCAUCUGCCUCAAAGAGUCUCUACGACCUCGAUCAUCGCCCCUAUAGCUCUACCGUCUGGGACAGAACUAUAUGAAAGUUUCAGUGGCAACUCUGCUAUUGCUUCUGGAUUCGGAAUGACUAGUCGAUCUGGUAGCUUAACCCUCGACCAGUUCCUGAACUACGUUACUCUUCCAGUCAUCUCCAACACGGAAUGCUUGACAACCUAUCCCUCAACUCUUCAAACCACUCACAUCUGUACCGAUGGGGAGGGACCCAGAGGCACCUGUCAUGGUGAUUCUGGAGGCCCCUUAGCAGUUUUCAGAAACAACAGAUGGAUUUUGAUUGGGCUGAGCUCAUUUGGACCCCGCGAGAGCUGCGAAGCAGGCUUGCCAACGGUCUUCACCAGGGUCACCUCUUACAUGACCUUUAUCUAUCAAAACCUCUGAAGCGCGUUACAAUGUACCUAUACACAUCUAAAUUAAGACUUUGAGCCAAAUGACUAAUUAUAAUUGUUACGUAUCUCAUUGUUUUGUUUUAGUUUAGAUAAUAUUAUGUACGUAUUUUACUUAUUAAUAAAUAAUAGUGAUUAUUAUUUAAU